AUGAUGGCUCAGAAGAUUCCAUCAAGCCUGGUGACAAUAUCGCAGAUAUCGUCCGAGGGGGUUCAUGGGCAUGAAACGCUGGAUGGAACGGCUAUUAAGACUCUCUGGCAAGUUUUCCUUGCCUCUAGAAAAGCCAGUCAUAAUGAUAUGGAUGAGAGAAUGGAAUAUCUAUUCUGGCGGAUCUGGAGUAGCCGGGCUCUCCUGGCCAGUCUCGACGUCCAAACACUCAGCCAUCUGGUCUCACGAAUCACCCAGUCUCCCGAAAAUAUGCAUCUGAAGAUGAUCACCAUCUCACCGACCCCAAAGAUGCCAUCCUCGCAUCAAAUCAGAGCACACUCUCCAGCAAAACCUCGGUCCAUCAAAAAGCCAAAGGACGCAUUGCAUCCAAUUUUGAAGAAGCCCAAGAGUUUGCCAAACCAGUCGCACAAAACUACGCGCCUAUUGCUAGAGAAGCCCGGUGAUGGGAGCAUCACACGUAAUCCAUCAAAUCCACCUUCACCCAGCAGCCCAGACGUUGCUCCUAAGGAAGACUCCACUGUUCGCCAGCCACAAAAAAAGGCCUAUUUUACAGCAAAUCGACCUGGUCGUGGUGCGCGCCGCCGCCCCGUGUUCAACCGCCGCAGGUCAUCGCAGAUGAACGUUACAAAAGCGCUAUCCCCUCCCAGCCUUCAACAGGCUCAAUCAGACUCACCCGACAUCUUUGACUUGAUAUCCGAUGAUGAAGGCUCGUCUCCAGCAACGCAGCCUCAGCCAACACACCAUGGUAGUCUGGACAUCGAAGCUCCCUGGAUAGAUCUUGACCAAUUUGAGUUGACAGCGCCAGUCUCACCACAGCCCAACAGCCUUGUCGCAGCACCUUUAGAAACAGGUCUCGUCACAACUCACCCACACCGACCUCGGCUUUCUGAAGAGCCCUCACCGGCACUUCCCAUGUCCGAAAAGCGGGACCCCAUUCUCUCCCAGGGAAUAGAGACGGUUAGUCUUGGCUCCAGUCCACACGACCAGAACCAAUGUGCUAAACCCAUGGAUUCCAGUUGCUCUGAACCCAGUGAGUCGUUCGUUGAAGGCACUGACGUGCCCGGCUUUCCGGGUGCCAAACGUGUGCCCAUGCCAAUCAGCAUGAAGCGCAAGCUUGUGGAUAUCCUUACUACCUCCAAAUCUCCACAGGGCUCCCCACCUGCUUUUCUUAGCUACGUGAUGACCACCCAGGAAUCCUCUCCGUUGGUUGACCAGCCUUCAGACCGGCCCUUGGUUCUAAAGGGCUUUCGGGAGCGCUUCGCUCAGGUUUUAAAGGAAAGUCGCUGUGGCGAGGAGACGACACCGGCCUUGCCUGGAAUCUCUGCUGCUCUUGAGGAAGAAAAGGAGAUCUAA